AGAAACAGACAUACAGCGCAAAGAUGUUUACAGCUUCGUUAGCGACAGAGUCGUCCAUUUUGUUUUAGUUGAGUUGGUCGCUACAUGAAUCUCUAGCAAGGACAUUAUAGGGGUGAGGAAAGAGGUUAGUAAUGUAAAUUCACAUGACCUAGCUACACUAUACUAUCUAUGGGCUCUCGAGUGAAGCAGCGGUCUAAGGCACUACAGACCCUGGUUCGAUUGCAGGCUGUAUCACAACCGGUCGUGAUAGGGCGGCGCAGAAUUGGCCCAGGGUAGUACGGGUUAGGCCGUCAAUAUUGGAAUUUCUGAUCACUGAAGAAGUUGCAUGAAAAAUGAGUGGAAUCAAUGUGAAGAAGCUCAAAGUCAACGAGCUGAAGGAGGAGCUUCAGCUGCGAGGCCUGGAUACUCGUGGGCUGAAGGCGGAUCUCGUCAUAAGGUUGCAGUCAGCACUUGAGGCCGAGGCUGCAGGUGAAGGGGAUGGGCCACCGAUUGCCGAUGUUGGGGAGGAGGGGGAUCAGCAAAACGAUAUUGGCGGAGACGCUGGAGAUGGUGAUGACGUUAAAGAUGAUGGGGAAGAAGAAAAAUAUAUUAAGGACAAGGAAGUGCAGUUUGUCCCGCAGGCUGAUGAGGCGAAUGGUGAUAACGAACAGAGUGAAGAAGACAGCCGGGAUGGGGCGCAGAUGUAUGGUCAAGUCCCUGCAAUGGGAUCUGGGAUGGUCGAUUUCACAGAAGAUGUGAUGGAGCCACAGAUUCCGCAGGCGUAUGAGUCAGACAAAAGACAAGAGCCAGAGCCACAGGUGCUAGAACCGGAGAUGGAGGAACCGGAGAUGGAGGAACCUGUGCAACCAGAACCUGUGCAAUCAGAACCUGUGCAAUCAAAGCCUGUGCAAAAAGAGCCACUGGAGUCGGAAUCAAUUGAGCCUGUGGAGAUGCCUGAAAUUAAGCCAGAGGAGUUUGUGAUGAAAGCAGAGUUGAAAAAGGAGCAGGAGCAGUUGAAGGAAGAGAAGGAGCCCCAGCAGCCAAGUGCUCAUCAUCCAGAGCCAGCCAAUGAAUGGGAGGCUGAGCAGGCGACCCAGGCCAAAACGGAGGAUAACCGACACAACCGUAAGAGGCCAUACGAUGAAGGCCGUGGCUAUGGAUACUAUGAACAUCGGGAGGAAAAAAGGGGACGUUCUCCCCAGCCUCCAGCAGAGGAAGAGGAAGAAGAUUUUGAUGACACUCUUGUGGCCAUUGAUACUUACAAUUGCGAUCUGCACUUCAAGGUAUCACGUGACCGGUAUAGUGGAUACCCGCUGACCAUUGAAGGUUUUGCAUACCUGUGGUCAGGUGCACGAGCUUCCUAUGGCGUCAACAAAGGGCGUGUCUGCUUUGAAAUGAAGAUCAACGAGGAGAUCUCUGUGAAGCACCUCCCCAGCAGUGAGCCUGAUCCUCAUGUAGUGCGCAUUGGCUGGUCUCUGGACACCUGCAACACACAGCUCGGUGAAGAACCGUUCUCUUAUGGCUAUGGAGGAACUGGCAAGAAAUCUUCCAAGUGUAAAUUUGAGGAUUACGGGGAAAAGUUUGGUGAAAACGAUGUCCUUGGGUGCUACAUUGACUUCGAUAGCGGCGAGGAAGUGGAGAUGGCCUUCUCAAAGAAUGGCAAGUGGCUAGAUGUGGCCUUCCGUGUGUCACGGGAGGAGUUGGCUGAGCGGCCACUCUUUCCCCACGUUCUUGUGAAGAACUGUGCCAUUGAAUUCAACUUUGGCCAGAAAGAGGAGCCCUUCUUCCCCGUGCCUGAGGGAUACACCUUCAUUCAGAAAGUCCCUCUGGAGAACAGGAUGCGGGGGACUGUUGGGCCUGCCUCCAAGGCUGACUGUGAGCUAUUGAUGAUGGUUGGUCUGCCUGCUUCUGGGAAAACCACUUGGGCCUUGAAGCACGCGGAGGAGCACCCUGCAAAGAAAUACAACAUCCUGGGCACCAACGCCAUAAUGGAGAAGAUGAAGGUGAUGGGGCUGCGGCGUCAGAAGAACUAUUCAGGUCGGUGGGAUGUCCUGAUCCAGCAGGCCACACAGUGUCUGAACAGGCUGAUCCAGAUCGCUGCCCGCAAGAAGCGUAACUACAUCCUGGAUCAGACAAAUGUAUAUGGAUCAGCCCAGAGACGAAAAAUGCGUCCUUUUGAAGGUUUUCAACGCAAGGCUAUUGUAAUAUGUCCCACGGACGAGGAUUUAAAAGAGCGAACGUUAAAGCGAACUGAUGAGGAAGGGAAGGAUGUGCCCGAUCAUGCUGUAUUAGAAAUGAAAGCCAACUUUGUGCUCCCAGAAGCUGGUGAGUUUCUUGACGACGUGACCUUCAUCGAGCUGAAACGAGAAGAGGCUGACACGCUGGUAAAGCAAUACAAUGAGGAGGGCCGCAAGGCCGGCCCACCCCCAGACAAACGCUUCGACAACCGCCAAGGAGGAUUUCGUGGUCGUGGUGCACCUUACCAGCGCUAUGACAACCGUGGUGGCCCCCAAGGGGGAAGGGGAGGCUAUCAGAGUCAAGGUGGCAACUUCAGAGGAGGGUAUAACCAUGGAGGCUACCAGCAGAACCGCUGGGGGAGCAACCGUGAUGGUGCUGCGGGAGGACAACAUGGCUACAACCGCAACCAGCAAUCUGGAGUGAGCUACAAUCAGCACCGCCAAGGACAAUAUAACAAGGGAGCCACUGGGAGUUACAGCCAAGGACAGCCACAGACAUACAACCAGGGAUACAAUCAGGGCAACUACAACCAGGGUUACAACUACGGCAGCUACAGCCAGUACCCAGGUUACAGCCAAACUCCUGCCGCCUCCGCUGCUCCUGUUGCCACUGGACAGACCUACAACCAGCAGCAACAGACCUACAACCAGCAGUAUCAACAGUAUGCACAGCAGUGGCAGCAGUAUUACCAGAACCAGAGCCAAUGGAAUCAGUACUACAGCCAAUAUGGAAACUACAGCCAGGGUUCUCAGGGCACACAGUAGGCAUAAAGUAGUGCGCUGAUGAGACGGAUCUCAUUCCCUCAGCAGCAUUCCAUUGCUUAUCCUGCCUGCAGGCUAGACCUCUGCCUUUUCAUUGUCAUACAUAUCCUUAAUGAUUAGCCUGCACUUUCUUAUAGCUUACAUUUUCAAAAAUGUUUAAGGGUCCAGUUUUUCUUCCCUGCCUUUUUAGAUACAGGAUUUUUAUUCUUGCCACGACGUUAGCAUUAUGUUUGCAGUAGGUCCUGCAACACUUUAGUAACACGCAGCUUAUUUUUCUUGCCUGUUCUAGAUGUUGGCUAUUUGAAAUGAGCAACAGAGGUGUAGUUUAACAUGCAGAUGUAGGACAGUUUAGUGUUGCGCAGUGAAUGUUUAUUAGAGCUCAUAAAAGGUAGCUGGGAUUUGCAUGUGUACAUUUCAAUGUGUUUUUAAGAUGGAAUAUUUUUGGACAACAUUGUUUUUGUUUUCAAAUUUUGCCAUUGACAUGACAGUUUUUAGUUUUAGAUCAAAGAACCAUAUGUUUUAAAGAAAUUGGUGGAGUCUGGACUUAUUAUUCUCGUUUUGAUUUAACCAUGAAUAUUUUGCCCAUAUUUAUUGAAAUUGAAGUCUGACAUUUUGAUGACUUUUGUUUUAUAAAAAGAGAGAUUGUAAAACCACAUUUACCAGCAUUUUUCACACCAUUUAAAAUAUUCUGUAACAUGUCCCUAAAGUCGUUUUUGAAUCUUGUGAUCAAUAACUAGUUUGUGUGGUUGUAAAACUGUAUAAAAUGUAUGUCAAACAGUAUCUGCAUAUGGUUCUGUGUUCAAACAAAAUGUUAUCUUUUUGUAUUUGAGAAUAUAAUCUGAAGAAUUUAAUUUAA